AUGUCCGAACAAGACACUCACCCAAAUAAGUACACUGAAUUGCGAAGUAUACAUAAAUACUAUAUCGAUUUAUAUAAUGCAUUGUAUCAGCUGAAAACUGAAAAUGAAGAAGAAAUAAACAAGAUUUACAAAAUGAUCAAAACAGAAUUGAUUGAUUCAAAGAAAUGUCUUCCUUAUACUAUUAUAAGUCACAUUUUAUGCAUCAUUCCUUUUAAAAAUCGCUAUACAAAGGCUUAUUUUUCUCUCGUCAAACUUAUAUAUGAUAAUUAUCAAGUAAACGAGGAAAUCAAAAUUCCAUUUAGUAUCAGAUACCUAUUUUAUAUAGAAUAUGGAAUUAAAUUAAGCAAAGAGGAUGAUUUCGAAACAAUUAAAUCAGAAUAUCACGAUAUUAAUACAGAUGAUACAAUUUACAGAGCAAUUAUGUAUAAUGACUUAGAAAGAUUCAUCUUCUUCACUGAAAGAGAAGGAUUUGAUAAAGAUGAAAUGCUUCAAAGUUUUUUGUGUCCAUUUUCUCACUGUUUUGGUUUUUCAUUACUUGAAGUAUGUUGUUACCAUGGAGCAGUUGACUGUUUUAAAUUAUUAAGAACAAAAUUUAACUCAAAAAUAACUGAAACAUGCCUAGAAUUUUCAUUUUUAGGUGGAAAUGCAGAGAUCAUGAGUGAAUGUUUGAAAUAUCAAAAACCAAAUGAAAAAUGCAUGGAAUAUGCAAUUAUUUCACACAACAUUGAUUUUGUUACAUAUUUGAUGAACGAAUAUAAUAUAAAGAUCAAUUUAGAAUAUUGCGGAAAAUAUAAGAACCUUGAUUCCAUGUUAGUUUAUUUUGAUCAAACUAAUGAUAUUAACAAUUGCUUUAUUAAUUUAGCAAGGUUCAAUAUUCCAUCCUUACUCGAAUACUUCCUUUCACAUGGUGCGAAUAUCAAUGAAAAAAAUAAUUAUGGAGAAUCCGCUCUUCAUUAUGCAGUAACAGAUAGUGGUAAAGAAACAGCCGAAUUUCUCAUUUCACAUGGCGCAAAUAUCAAUGAAAAAGAUAAUAAUGGGAAAACAGCUCUUCAUAUUGCAGUAUUGCAUAAUAGUAAAGAAAUAGCCGAAUUUCUUAUUUUACAUGGUACAAAUAUCAAUGAAAAAGAUAACUAUGGAGAAACCGCACUUCAUAAAGCAACAUAUAAAAAUAGCAAAGAAAUAGCCGAACUUCUUAUUUCACAUGGUGCAAAUAUCAAUGAAAAAAAUAAAGAUGGAGAAACCGUUCUUCAUAUUGCAGCAAUUUUUAAUAGAAAAAAAAACAGCCGAAUUUCUUAUUUUACAUGGAGCAAAUAUCAAUGA